AUGGGCACACGCGAGACGAGACGAGAGAGAGAGGCUUGGGCCCAGCCUGGUCCGGCCCGGCCCGUUAACCCCGAGUUCAAUGGUGGAAUGGAAACUACAGGGAGUACACGCAACUAUACCACAGUAGGCUGCUGUAUGGUCCAACAAGAAAGUCUUUCGAGUGACGAAAGGAAAUCAAGGCUUCCUGCAACAAUGAGCGAAGAUCCCAAGCUCUACACCAACAAACCCCGGAAAGCACAGCUGAAACAGUUUCAAGAUCAACAUAAAGGAAAAGACUUUUCUUCACCACCACCAUCAUCAUCGACAAUGGCGACUCAAUCUCCAUCUCCGCCACCUCAGGCCCCAAAGGAGUCGUUUGCUCGGCGUUACAAGUUUCUUUGGCCACUGCUCUUGACUGUCAAUCUGGGCGUUGGAGCUUACCUGUUCAUGCGGACGAAAAAGAAAGACACAGAUGUAGAGGAAGAAGUAACUACUACAGUUUCGACAACAACUCAAACAACUCCUACUACUACUGACAAACCCCUGCCCCUGUCAACCAUCACAGAGCCUGUGAAAUUGCGAGAACCAAUCCCAGAGGAUCAACAGCGCGAACUUUUCAAGUGGAUACUGGAAGAAAAAAGAAAGGUUAAGCCAAAAGACCCUGAAGAGAAGAAGCGCAUUGAUGAGGAGAAAGCCAUUCUUAAACAGUUUAUCCGGGCAAAAUCCCUUCCAAGAAUCUAA